CUGCAGUAACAAGAAUCCCCACAUGCGUAUGUCCAGAGUCCACAUUCCUUUAAACGGAACCUCCCACGGAGGCGGGCAGGCUGAAAGUAGAUUUGCUCACACCAGCAGGGACAGUAUUCACCCGUAGAGAUUUACCAUGGUCCUAGCCAUGAAUUGCACACACACUGUACUGUGUUUUAUUUAUUUUUCGUUAUUGUUCUACGGUGCACUUUGCGACGCCGGUGCAGAAGACGAUGAGCACUCCAAGCACACAUAUACGGUGGAGAUGUUCAACCAGGCGGUGCCCACUGCACCCCACUUUGUCAUGUUUUACGCCCCAUGGUGCGGCCACUGCCAGAUGUUACAGCCAACAUGGAAUGAACUGGCAGACAAAUACAAUGGUAUGGAUGAGCCCCCGGUGUACGUGGUGAAAGUAGACUGCGUCCAAGACACUAAGUUCUGCUCCAACGUCCAUGGGGUUAGAGGCUACCCAACGCUGAAAUUGUUUAAGCCAGACCAGGAGGCAGUUAAGUACCAGGGGCCAAGAGAUCUGCAGUCUCUGGAGACCUGGAUGCUGAAGACACUCCAGGAGGAGCCCUCGGAACCAGAAAGUGAACUGGAGCCUCCCAAACCGCCAGAACCCAAACAGGGCAUGCAUGAGCUCACUGUGCUUAACUUCAAGACCCACAUAGCUAGAGGUGCCCAUUUUAUUAAGUUCUUUGCCCCAUGGUGUGGCCACUGCAAAGCCAUGGCCCCAAUUUGGGAGCAGCUGGCCACCACCUUUGAGCACUCUGAUGACAUCAAGAUAGGAAAGGUGGACUGUACACAGCACUAUGAGGUGUGUUCAGACAACGGUGUAAGGGGAUAUCCCACACUACUUUUCUUCUACAACGGGCAAAAGACAGAACAGUACAAAGGAAAAAGAGAUUUGGACUCAUUUAAAGACUUUGUGGACAACCAGCUGAAGGCUGCUGUCGCUGAGCAGCAAGAGCUGGAACCAAAUGAGGAACCAAAUGAGGAACAAAAAGCAAAUGAGGUUCCCUCUGACGAGCCGGCCACAGAAGAGGUAAAGUCCAACGUGUUGGUCCUGACUGAGGGCAACUUUGAGGAGACGGUGGCCAAGGGGUUUACCUUCAUCAAAUUUUAUGCACCAUGGUGUGGCCACUGUAAGAACCUUGCUCCAACAUGGGAGGAUCUUUCCAAAAAGGAGUUUCCAGGCCUUACUGAUGUCAAGAUAGCCAAAGUGGACUGCACUGUUGAGCGCACACUGUGCAACAAGUACUCUGUGCAAGGUUACCCCACGUUGAUCAUGUUCAGGGCGGGGGAGCAGGGCGAUGAGCAUCACGGUGGCCGCGAUCUGGAGAGCCUGCACAGCUUCGUGAUGAGGCAAGCAAGAGAUGAACUAUAGAACUGGUCAAGUCAGUGUUCACUCUGCUCACCUACACAACAUACUGUAUGUGGCCAGUAGGAAAGCGCUCUGUCUCCUACAGCAGCCAAGCCUCUCUCUCUCUCUUCACUCGGGUUCUAUUCACAAAGGAGUCGGCCAGUGAUGGACUGAAGCCGCCCACCAUUCUUUUUCCAGUGUUCAACAAUGGAGUGAUUCAGUCAAGUAUUUGGAGUGUGAAUGUAUUUCUCACUGCUGUCUGCAAUUGAAGUAAUAUGUCUGACAAGCACUGCUCAGUCGGUCACUUAGGGACAAAUGUCCCAGUUUCUACCUUUAGUUUUUGACCUACUUUCUAUAGACAUUUGACUUUUUUAAAUAUAAAGCUUUAUAAAUGAGAUAUAUUGUUAAACCACAAGCCAUUAAAAUUAUAGUGCUGUCAUUCAAAAGGUUGUAAACUUUGCGUCACUGAACAUGGGGGCACUUUAUAUCCAUGUCAGUGAUAGCCAAUCUGACUUGCCUCUGAGGGAAAUGUCAGUAUAAGCUGGAAAGAACAGUGCUUGUUUAAAAGUUUUAAAAACAGUGUUAAAUGUCUUACAGUGCAGUUAGACCAUACUUGCUUUCCCCUUCAUGUUUAUGUGAAACAAUGUGAGAUGCAUUUGUUUCUGGUUGCAAACUGACCCACUUCUUUGCUUUGUGCAGAAUUCCAAAUUUGGCCUGCAGCAUUGUCCAUUUGGUUUGAGAGAGAAAACGGUUUGUCUAUAUUCUUGCUCUAUCACUGCACAGUCAGAUGAUGAAAGCAGCAGAGAACAAAGACGUUUGGUCUGACUGCUGUUUGGUCUGACUCUUGUGAGCCAUCCUUCUCUUCUCCACUGAGCAUUCAGGGUCUUAGGCCUGCACUGAUCAUGAUGGGUUUUAUCAGUUUAUUCCAAAACAGCCAACAGACUCUCCUUAUUUGGAACAGCUGCAGCUUGAUGUGAAAUGUUUGUUAUCCCCAAAUGUAGUACAAAAAUGUGAAUCUGAAGUUCUUGUGUUAUAUUUGUCAUGUCAGGGCUGCAUUCAGAGGAGAGGACAGUUGGGUCACUUGGAGUCAGUAUCAGGUGAUAAAACACCAGUAGCAUGUGUGGCACCUUCGAUUGUGGCGGUGAACCCUCAGUCACUGCUCUUUGUAACGGUUCUCUUCUUCUGGUCAUCUUUUCAAGGAAAGAAUAGGCUCCAUCACAGCAUUGACAAGCUUACAUCUGUGGUUUGACAAUUUUAUAACAACACUUGUGAGGAUGGAACAGACAGAAUGUGACUCCAGCUCAGGUGGACUAGCUACCAUUGUAUCACACCUCUGACUGUGAUUGUGAUUUAUUCUUUACUGAACCAGCUGCAUCGUGGGUCUAUACAGUAUAAUUUACUGUCCCUCUUCCCAAAUAGUAUUUACAGAUGUCAUCUUCUCUGACUGGCUGUGAGACCAAUAUCUUCAAGAAUCCAGAAUGCCAGACUAAGGCUACGUUCACAUUACAGACCUUGAUGCUCAAUUUUGAUCUUUUUUCCAGCUCCGAUCUUUUCUGUUCGUGGUUCACAUUCAUGUAUGUGUGUGACACAAAUCCAGCUCUGGUGUGAACACUGUCGAGCUCGUGAACUGGGGGGAUCAGAUUUGAGUGGCUCCAGCAAUCUGAACGUAGCAUUUAUGCAGUAGAAAAAGCAGCACCAUGUGUAACCAAGAUAAAUCACUAUUUAGCUGUUUAAUUGUAAACAGAUUAAUUCAUCAUACUGAGAUUUUUUUUAGUCCCCUAUAUAUUGUAAUAUACCCAUCAACCCAUGAAUGUAGCUUGUACAGAGGGAGGGUUAAUCCAUGCAAUAGUCUGAGGCCAAGAAAAUGUAAUCUGUCACAAGGCUGGAUACAACAAUAUUUGCAGUUUUGCCAACACGUUUGUUUCAGUACACCUUAAUGUGAUUACUCAUGGGGUAGUAAACUGCACCCACCUGAAAGGCUGUGGCUGUUCCAAUGCAAAUGCUCUUUGAUCCAGGUUAUGUGAUAAGUGCUACAUGUUAAAGGGCACCGAUUAUUGUCCAAGCCAGGUUUACAAACAGUCAGACACAGCAGUUUUUAGUCAGUUAAAGUUUUUAUGGAUAGCACAUGGUCUAAGAAACUCCAGUGACAGAUUUCUUUUCUCUUUCCUUGUGAGUUGUGCACUACCCAUGGAUUUUGUACAAAAAGAGUGAAUAAUGGCAAGUUGUAACAUGAGAUUUCAUAAUAAAUCUUUUCCAAAAUAA